CAACAACCAUGCCAUGUUCAGUGUCACUUAAAUCACCUUUCUUCCCCAUUCUGAUGCCCAGUUUGAACUUCAGUCGAUCAUCUUAACCAUCUGUUUUCGACUAACUGUAUUAGGUUGCUGCUGUGUGAUUGGCUGAUUGCUGCUGUUAAAGUGGUCAAUGGGCAUAAUGUUUCCGAUAUAACAUAUUAAAUAUACUAUAUUAAACAUGGUCUGUGUUAGUUUUAGACUGUUUUUUUAAACUCUUGAAUCUUUAGGAAACAAUAGAGAUGGGAUAAGUAAGACAAGCACAGAGAUAUGUUGGCAACUGCCUGGUAACCACUGGUUGUUUAGAUACCCACCACUAUAAAGUCUGUGUUUGGGUUACUGUGGUUAUAGUCUGUUGGGUUCACAGUAAGUGAGUGGAUGUCUUUUGUCCAACCUCUUAUUUAGACAUCUUCCUCUCACAAACCUAAUGGAUUCUUUCCAGUGAUAAGGCAGUGUUAUACAUGUGGAAAAAAAAACUGUAGAGGGAAUAUUCUGCCAUUGUCUGCAGUGAGAGUGAAAACAUCUUAGAAUGACAGUGAACUACAUAAAAGAUAACAAAAGCAUAUCAGACAGAACAGGCAUACAGAGAAAGUUUAUUUUAUAUUUCAGAGAAACUAAAAACCACUUCCUGGGGAGUCACGAACACACUUGCGAGAAAGAAAUGGAGAACUGAUUUACAUCAAGCUGCACUCCAUUACUCCUCCUCACUGGAUCAAACUGGCAGCGAUGCAGCUUGGUCAUCCAGUCACCAUCAGCACUUCUCUCCAAAUCCCUCCCCAACCUCAGAGUCUGAUAUCCAGGAGCCGACACCCAUUCCUGCUGGACUCCAUCCAGCCCGUGUUGGUCAGGGCUAUCAUCAAUCCAAAACGGGGGAUGGAGGAACCUCUCCAGCCGCAGACUCCACAAAGCCCCAGUAACUGCAGCUCAUCGGGACCUGGUGGGAAAUCCUGCUGGAGUUUAGACCUGAGGGUGGCUAUUCUUCUGCUUACUCUGGCAGGAGCAGUAAUCCUCCUGCUGCUGUACAGACUGUUACAGCUGAGACACAGGCUGAGGAUGGCCAGAGCGAGGCAUGCUUUGGAGUACACCAGCUUCUACCACAGUGGCACCUACACACUCAAACACCCCACACCUUGUCAGGAGCUGCCAGAGAAGAACAGGGCAGUACCUGAAGACACUGCACCACUCCAAACCAUAACCUCAGUGACACCUGCUGUCAUCACCCCAGUGCCACCUCCAUCGCUGCCCUCACCGGCACCCCCUCCACUGCUACUCCCCCCACCUCCUGUCCUACCACGUCCACCUGUUCACCCUCCAGUUUCUCUCCCUCCAACACCCCCUGUCCUGUCACUCCCUCUUCCCGUGCCUGUCAUCCACACCACCCCGCCCAGCCCUCACCUGUCAUGGGGUGCCUGCUCAGAUGCAGAUGUUUAUUCUCGGAUUGGGACUUUCAGGCCAUCCAGGCUUUCCAACCUCUCCAACCAGUCGACGGUCAUCCUGUUUGAACACUCAUCUGUUUGAACUCUCACAGAAUGUGUGUGAUCUCCUCAAGGAGUCUGUGACUGUGACAAGGAUUACAAGAUGUUUCCUGUACUCUAUGUUUGUGUGUGUAAUAUACAGCAAAAUAUAAGAGGUUAACGUUUCAAAACUUUAAAACAUGAAGUUUGCACUUUGUCAGCCACUGAAGGGCUUUAUUGACAAAAAAAAAAAAAGAAAGAAAAAAGCAGAUGCAAUAAAAUUGCAAUUUAAUUAAAAACACCUCUAUUAUAACCAUGUUUUUUUUUUCUUAACUGGAUUGUGACAUCAGGAGGACAGAUGAAACCCUCCACUUGUCCAAGAAGCAGGACUAAAAAACUACCAAUAGCAGAUGAACAGUAUGUAAAACAGGGCUUAUGAAUACAUUGACUUUUUGGUGGAGGAUUUCAAGAGCGAGGUACAACAGUGAACAUCUACAGUCAUCUGUAAAACAUGGCAGAAGGUUGCAUUUCAGUCAGUGGUGUCAGGGAAUGUGUUAAAGUUGAUGUGAAUGCAAAAAAAGCACAGCCAGAUCCACCAAUCAGAACCAUUUGGAAGCAUCUGAUUGACAACAGCUUCAUUUCUCAGCAUGACAGGGAUCCCAUGAAAAGAAAAAAUUAAGAAUUUGAAAAUUCAUGGACUAUAAUGAGUGUAGGCAGCACGGUGGCACGGUGGUUAGCACUGUUGCCGCACAGC